CUUCUUUUUCAACACCACACACAUCACACACGAUUCGUCAAGCAGGCGAUAUCUGUUUGGCGUCGGCAUCAAAUUGGUUAUUGAUACUCGCUUGUUGAUUCCUGUCAUCUUUGGGAGGAAUACUUACUGCUUGUGAAGGAAUAUUUUUCUUGAAUUUCACACAUUUAAAUAUUAUAUAUUUCCAUCUGAAGUCUUGAGAAGAUAAUUUUGUUAAUAUUCAGAGCAAGACCAAAUAUUUAUUGAGCACUCAUAUCUUGAAAUAAAGGCAUUCAUUAUGGGAAAGCAGAAUAGUAAACUACGACCUGAGGUCCUCGUUGAUCUUCGUGAACAAACAGAGUUCACCGAAACAGAGCUGCAAGAAUGGUACAAGGGAUUUCUAAAAGAUUGCCCAAGUGGUAGGCUGACUGUUGAAGAAUUCAAAAAGAUCUAUGGAAAUUUUUUCCCAUACGGUGACGCGUCAAAGUUUGCCGAGCAUGUAUUCCGCACAUUUGACCAAAACAAUGAUGGUUCGAUUGAUUUUCGGGAGUUUAUCUGUGCCUUGAGUGUAACAUCACGUGGCAACCUUGAACAGAAAUUAAAAUGGGCCUUCUCCAUGUAUGAUUUGGAUAGCAAUGGCUUUAUCUCAAGAGGGGAAAUGCUAGAAAUAGUACGAGCAAUUUAUAAAAUGGUUGGGUCAGUGAUGAAGAUGCCAGAGGAUGAAUCUACGCCGGAAAAACGAACAGACAAGAUUUUUAGACAAAUGGACAAGAACUUAGAUGGGAAGCUCUCCCUGGCAGAAUUUAUAGAGGGCGCUAAGAGUGAUCCCUCUAUAGUAAGGUUAUUGCAGUGCGAUCCCAGUGGUGCGGCCUCGUUCAUGUAGGCCAAGUGCACAGUGCUGUUUUACUUGAAAAAAUGGCACUGCAAAAUGUAAGAUUUUGGGAUCUGGACAUAAUAUAAAAUAAAAAAGUUUGUAAAUUUUCCAUUUUUUUGAAAAGGAUAUUGCUAAUGUUGUGAUAGCUUAUAUUUUAGUAAAGUUGAUGGAACUGACGUUUUUCAUUCGUUUGAAUAAAUUUUGGCGACAUUUUCCAGUACUUUUUUUCUUGAUAUGAUAACAGCAGACAUAUUUGCUUUAGAUCAACAUAUCAUUAAUUUUCUACAGAAUUCACAAGAUUAUUUUCUUAAGAUUCAUACAAAUUUAGAAUAGUUAAAAAUACAUGGUUUUUUUUUUUUUGUUUGUUUUUUUUGUAUUGCUUAACAAAAGUAUAAAGUAUGCUUACUUGUUGCUAUAUGCAAUGUUCUUUGUAAUUAAUUUCUGCUUUGUGGUUGAAACUGUUAAUACUACUUGAAUUGUUGAUGAAUUCACAAAAUAUUCUGGCAACCUUUCUGGUGACAAUGUUGUUGCUAGGCAUGUACAGAAUUUUAUACCCUCAGAUAUUUAAAAGAAUUAUUGUCAUUGUUUUUGUUAGAAUCUGUAUCUGUUGUUUGGUUUAUAGCUAACAUGUAAAGAAUGAUUUUAAUAUUAAUUAGAGAAUAAUUAAGAAAUUUUGUAAACUGCAAAAUUCAUAAAUCUAUUGAAUGCUUCAUGCAUUUUCCAAUCAGUGUUUGCUGUGUGCAUUUGUGUAUCAUUAUGAAAUUUCCAGCUGAACUUAAAAAAAAA